CACGACCUCCAUUAUAAUUAUCAUUUAAAACAAGCAAUCAUGUCUGACAGACCAAGAGGUGGAUAUAACUCACGUGGGGGUGGUGGUCGUGGCGGACGUGGUGGUAGUGGUGGUAGUGGACGCGGCGGUGGACGUGGAGGCAGUAGUUCAACUCAUAUAGAAAGGCCCAAGAAGGAAUCGAUCUUGGACCUUGGCAAAUACAUGGAUCAGAAAAUUCGAGUCAAAUACAGCGGCGGACGCGAAGUCGUAGGGACAUUGAAAGGUUAUGAUCCACUGUUGAACCUCGUUUUGGAUGAGACAGAGGAAUAUCUGAGAGAUCCUGAGGAUGGGCGUCUGCUAGACCAAACCAGAACCUUGGGGCUCAUCAUUUGCAGAGGCCCUGCCGUCAUUUUGAUCUCGCCUAUGGAUGGUACUAUGGAGAUUGCCAAUCCUUUCAUUCAAGAAGAGGAAGCUGUCAUCUAAAAACAGUAGAAAAAAUGGAGAAAAGAACCUCUAUCUUUAUACAAACAAUUGAAGAAGUCUUGACUACACCCUCAUUAAGGCCAAC